GCAGUGACUAAAGACACAACGAGGGCUUUGUGCUGACAAAGCUAGUUGAGCGGUGUUUGAUCUGGGAUGUAUUUACUUUGGAAAACACGACAGCAGUCCGGCACCAAAGGUCACACUGAAGCCUGCUGGUGACUUUGGCCGAUUCUGCCCCUGCAAAGCCAGUUCUCAGCAGCACAGAGCUCCAGCUCCGCCAGAAUGCAGCACCUGCUGCACUCUCUCGUGGUGUCCCUCCUCCUGGCAUCCGUGUGUGGGAACCUCGGCCCUUGGGGUCAGCUUGAUAGCGGAGGGGGAGACCCCGAGUCUGCGGACCCCCAGUGGGGGCAGCUGAAGAGUGGAAACCUGAGUAGACCCCUCCUGCCUGCCGACUUCCACAAGGAGAACACAGUCACCAACGAGUGGAUCGUGGACGGGGAAGAGGACGAGGACUACCUGGACCUGGAGAAGAUCUUCGGGGAGGAUGACGACUACAUCGACGUCGUGGACGCGGUCUCGCCCGUGGACCCUGGGACUGGCGCCGGCAGCAUGCUCCAGCUCUUCCCGGGCAAGAGCCGCAUCCAGCGGCUCAACCUCCUCAACGCCAAGUUCGCCUUAGACCUCUACCGGGCACUGAAGGAGCGGGUUGGUGCCUCAGACAAUGUCUUCCUGGCGCCCGUAGGUGUGUCCACAGCCAUGGCCAUGCUCUCCCUGGGCCUGCGGGGGGACACCCACGAGCAGGUACAUGCUGCCCUGCGCUUCACCGACUUCGUCAACGCCAGCACCACAUACGAGCUGGGCACCGUCCACAACCUGUUCCGGAAGCUGACCCACCGCCUCUUCCGGAGGAAUUUCGGGUACACGCUGCGGUCUGUCAGCGACCUGUACAUUCAGAAGCAAGUUCAAGUCCUGGACGACUUCAGAGCCAAGGUCCGACAGUACUACUUUGCCGAGGUCCGUGCGGCUGACUUCUCUGAUCCCGCCUUCAUCUCCCAAACCAACCAGCACAUCUCGCGGCUCACCAAGGGCCUCAUAAGAGACGUGCUGGAGGACGUGGACCCCGCGACUCAGAUGAUGCUCCUGAACUGCAUCUACUUUAAAGGGUCCUGGGUGAACAAAUUCCCAGCGGAAAUGACACACAACCACAACUUCCGGCUGAAUGAGCGAGAGGUGGUCAAGGUCCCCAUGAUGCAGACCAAGGGGUCCUUCUUGGCGGCAAGUGACCAGGAGCUGGACUGCGAUGUCCUGCGGCUGGAGUACAUGGGGGGCAUCAGCAUGCUGGUGGUGGUCCCGCACAAGCUGUCCGGGAUGAAGACCCUCGAGGCCCAGCUGAAGCCCCAAGUGGUGGAGAGAUGGCAGAAGAGCAUGACAAACAGGACACGGGAAGUACUGCUGCCCAAGUUCAAGCUAGAAAAGGACUACAACCUGGUGGAGGCCCUGCGGUCCCUGGGGGUCACAGCGCUGUUCGACAGGAACAGCAAUAUGACGGGGAUCUCGGACCAGAGGAUUGUCAUCGACCUGUUCAAGCACCAAGGCACCAUCAUGGUGGACGAGGAGGGUACGCAGGCCGCGGCCGUGACCACUGUGGGGUUCAUGCCAUUGUCCACCCAGGUCCGCUUCAGCGUCGACCGGCCCUUCCUUUUCCUUGUGUAUGAGCACCGCACGGGCUGCCUGCUCUUCCUGGGCCGGGUCGCCAACCCCACCAGGUCUUAGCGGUGGAGGCCGGGGCGUCUCGAGUGCUCUGGGGCAUCCGCAAUUCCAUUUCCCUUCCAACAACGACCACGAGGAGCUGGGGCAGUGACCCCGUGGCUCAGGCCACCUUUCUGGGAGACAUGGACGAAGGACCGCGAUGCUUGCUACCAUCAGGGCUGCACAGCCCAGAGGUCACCGCAGCUGUAGCACGGCAGCUGUCUCCCAGAGGGUGUUGGCGCCAGACAGACCAACUCCCUCCACCUCUCACAGCAAACCCCUCCCCGGGCCCAGCAUCCCCCCUCCUCCACUCUGUCACCCAAAGCCUUUCCCCCCCAGGGCUUCCCACCUGACAGGGAACAUGGGCAGGAGCUGCCCCCUCCCCAGAGUGCUGACAGCGAGCCCCCUCCCCAAGGCCCAAGGUGCCCUGGCCUCGGGCUCAGUCCUCUCAAGGCCCAACCUCCUGAACUGAGGCUAAAUGUCUCUGCACCUGCUUUCACCUCACGGCCGCCCAGAGGACGGCAUGUACCCGUAGCCAUGCCUUCCACCCUAGAGAUAAAUAAAUAUCACCACUUUUACUGGGUAUAAUUCUACUUUUAUAAGGUCAGAUAACUAAAAAAGGCCACAUUCAAAAUAGAUGACACCCCAGCAGUGCUAGACAUCGACAGAGUGACCUGAGUGCCCAACAGUGACCCAGAGCAGGCACGUCCUCGGGCUAGGAUGUGGCAGUGCUGCUGCAUCCUGGGGGCGGGGGGGGCGUGGAUGGAGCUGCCUGGGGGCUCCGGAAACACCAGUUUGUAUGUGUGGCACACGCUUCAGCUUCCAUCCCCAGACACAGGGAGACCCUCAGACGUGCCUGUGGUGCAUCUGGUUCGAGAAUACGGGCGACAUCCAAGGACUGUAUUUCUGGACCCUUGAUUCCGGGGCAAGACCAGUGGAAUCCACACAGGCUGCUCAGGGAGAAGAGCGCAAGGCCUCUGCAGUGCGGGGCGGGGGACAGCGCCGGGGGCUUCACAACUGCCAUGCGUGUGGCCGUCAGACUGGGACCCCAUGGGCCUGCAGUGGGCAGUGGGCUGGGGUCGAAGCCUGGUUGGCCUGACUCCACAGAGGGCUUCUGACCCAGCGAGACUGACACAGUCACAGGCAGCAAAGGGGUGCAAGAAUGCUCCCCGAUGUGGAGGCUGGGUUAUCCCCAUCCUCACACCAACCUGGGGCUUCCACUGUUACAGAGGGGGCGCGCUCAGCCACAGGCCUGAGUCCCACCCCGGCCCUGCUUUCACCCCUCACCCUCUCCCCCUGCACCCUCCCCACUGCCUGAGCCAGGGCCCGUCCAGUGUCUGCCACCCAGGGCAGGGGGGCCUUUCCCUGUCAUCCCUCUUGCCCUCUCAGGGAACCUGGGCUUGCUGACCACCCUCUCCA